GCUCUUCUCUAUAGGAAGCUACUUUUGGAAUGGACAAUCAGAAUCAAACUUAUCUAUAUUUUUAAGGCUAAAUUAAAUAAAAUGAUUUCACUUCCAUCGUCCUUAUUAUGUUACCCAGUGUAGAUGUAUUACUUUGGUUCUCUAUAUAUUAAUGCUUAAAUGUACCUACACUACUACCAGACUAGGUAUCUGUAGGUACUAAUGCUGCCUACCUAAAUAUUCAAUUAAAAGACGCAAUAAAUAUUUCAUGCGUCACACACUGCGGGUUAUUUUAAAUUACCUUAAUUAAUUGCGUAAUGGGUACCUAUCAAAUCGUUCACUAUGACAACAUUUAUAGGUAUUCAACUUAAACUUCAUAUUUUUUAAAUUCAGCUGAGAAUUAUCAAAACAUGGUUUGUAUUUUAAGGGUUGGAGUUUAACUGCAGUAAAAUUUCUUCAGCAGUAGCUACUCUUUUGAUCGGUUACUGCGCUAUAGGCUAUGGGUAGUGGUGGUCGCAAGCGCGACUGCCAUACAGGAUCUCUGAUCCGAUGCGACAUCUGUGAACAACUAUGAUGUACAGAAUCGCAUAGCUGGGUCGGGCUGAAAUCAUUUUGAAGAUUUCACAAAGCCGCCAACGACCCGAGGACGCGUAAAGCCAAAGUCCCAAAGUGCGCCAGACAGAUGACAUUAGCAGCUAUAUUUGCACUCCCGUUGCCAAAGGGAACUCUAGCCAAUAAAUAACCAUCCACGUCUGCUGUUGUGUAAUGAGUUUCUAUGCUUAUUAAAUCAGUUGUUGUCAAGCCGUGACGUGUUUCAUUACAUCUGCCAUAAACAAACUCUUUGAACGAAGAAACGUUUUGAUAUGAGAGAAGUCACAGGAUUUGGGCCUUUUCACCCUUAUAAAGAAAAUGCAAGUUGGGAAGGAGUGCGAAAAAUUAACGAGAGCAGGCUCGGAGCUGACAUAAGUUUGUGUACAAGCGAAAUUGCAGUGCGUUACAAGGAAGUGGAUCGGCUGAUACCGGAGUUGUAUCGCAAAUUCCAACCGCAUUUUGCCAUGCACGUUGGAGUAUCAGACACACCUCCCGAAUGUUUUUACUUGGAAUCUAAAGCUAAUAAGCCUGGGACAGUGGAAUAUCUCGAUGACGAAGCUAAGGAGAGACCGGUACCCGAUGUGAGGUACCAGCGUCUACGGGAUUACAUGACAACAAGCCUGGACGUGCACAGCAUAUGCAAGGAGUUUAACCAUUUGUUUUGCGGAACCGAGCUGGAGGCUGUUCCAUCAAAUGAUGCUGGCAGAUAUCUGUGCGAGUACAUUUACUACAAGUCUCUCUGCUUGGGCCCCGCUCUGUUCGUCCAUGUGCCUUCUACCAAGUACAGCUACGAUGAAAUCGCUGACGGCUUAGAAACCAUUAUAAAAUUAUGUGUUAAACAGCUAUAUACUCGUAAUGCGUACUCCUAUUAUCUAUACUAAUCGAUUUGAAAAAUUCUUUCAGUGUUAGAUAGCCCAUUUAUCGAGGAAGGCUAUAGGCUACUU